UUGAAUGGGUGGCUAUCAAAUGACUUUGUGAGACAGACAAUCAAGUCGACUGUACUGUAGCUUAGCUUGAUUCCAGGCUUUUAAAUUGGUCGAUGCCAAAUCAAACUGCUUCCAUCGGCCUGUAUUCAUUUUUGUGUUUAUAAUUUACUGAAGAGAUUUUAGUCUCGCCGUUUUGGCUAUCGACACCGUUUCUGGGGUUUGGUUGGCAUUGGUAACGAAGAAUUCAGGAUUUUCGGAUCGGAUCAUUCGUAAUUAUCAAAUACGGAGAUAUCUCAAAUAACAAACAAUUUCGGACAAAGUAUUUUGCAUGGAAAGUCAUGAGCAAACGGAACAGUGAAGAAUUAAAUCGGCGCAUCAGACAUAUCUCAUUGCCAACCCUGUUUGAAUAUGGUGAUUUUGGAGACUUGAAAUCAGAGAAAAAACUGUUGUUGAAAUCAGCAAUUAAUCCUGUAAAUGAAAAUCGUAAGAUUUCCAAAUUACCUAGUUUAACUGAAAACUCCAACAGCUCUGACAUAUCUGGUAAAGAGAAAGGCAAACUUGUGAAUACAGGAAAUGAGAAUGCUUCUCAAACGGGACUUGAUGAAGAAAGUUGUGUGUCUAUUGGAGACGAUGAAAGUGAUGUUUUCGUAGACAGUGACGAAGGGAGCAAAUAUAUUGCCGACCAAGGAUGGAAAAGUCGUCCUGGAGAAAAACAUAAGAGUAAUGAAAGCAGUUUCAAGAUUAACGGAGUAAGGAAAUUAAAUUUGUGGGAUUUAGAUGCGAAAGACCAAGAUUUUAUUAAACAAAAAGAAAAUACAGAUAAAAUGAAAUCAGUUUGCCAAUGGAUCAAACAGCAGUCAUAUGUAAACUGCGUGCCAAAAGUGAAUUGCUUUGAGGAAAUUCGUGAAAAAACUACGCUACGUAUACCAAUGAUCAGGGGAGACCCAGUAACUACAAAAGAACGUGCUGAUUCAGAAAGACUGUGGAGUAUGCGUGCUAGAGAGAAGAAUAGUUUGAACUCGAACAGGAUGGAUUACGGGGUGAUGAGAAAUAUGGAAAGUGGUUCUAAAUGUAUGCAAGUUGGGUCGGAACUGUCAGUGAGGUUGUCAAAUUCUUGGCAAAGAAAGAACAAUGUGGUUACGCCACGGCACAACUGUGAUGCUGCAGAAGCGAAGCUCGAUAUGGCUCAAAGAACUAACGCAUUUGCCGCAAAACCAAACGAAAUUCGAUUUCAAACCCCCACUCCGCCCAGAUGUGGUACCCCUUUUCCGAAGAAAAAUGCUUCUUACAUACGUAGAAGCAGUUUAUCGUCAUCCUACCCAAGCCAAAAAGAUACAGGAACAAAUCUACAUGGCAAACACGAAGAAUCGAGCGUGCCUACGCGUGCCGCAACGGCAUUUUCAUGGCCAGGUUCAAAUCAAGGGGUGAGGAGGCGGCUAUCUGAAAAAUCUUUACACAACAGAACAUCGACACCAAUGCCCCCUACUGACAUGGUACGAUCACGUUCGACCGAAUUGUGAAAUUUCAAGAGACAUUUGAAUUGACUCUGACAGACGGGUGUUUAAAUUGUCACAUUUCACUCAGACCUCACCUAGUCGUUUUUGAUAUUCACAUACUGUUAUUUAAGUGCAUCUAUUAUUAUUAUUAUUAUUGGAUACAGUUUAUCAGGUCGAGACGAGCUCUAGGCCAGGAUAAAGUUCUUAGGGAUGGGAGGAGGGGUGGCCAAAGCCACAACCUGUUAGGAAGUAUAUUAACUGAACAAUAGCAUUUUCUCCGUCUCAGGUGGGCUCAGCCCCAAUGCCCCCUUCAGGCCACGGGCCUACGUCGACAGCUGUCACUGCCAAGCUGUGUAUAGGAUUUCGCAACUUAGUUAGUUCGAAUUAUUUGGAGUUUCUAGAGGUAGAUAGAUCAAACAUGUAAGAGUAUGUAAAUAAAAUAUCGUGCAACCAGUGAAUAACGUAGACCAGGUGUUGUGUAACGGUAGAAUGACAAUUGCGAAAGAUGAGGGCUGGGAAGGCUCUUAUUCGAUAUGACUCGAAAGUCUACUCAAAAUAGAAACGUCAUUUUAAUUUACAGUGCUUGUCAUCAUCUCAAAAAGAACAUUUUUCGCAUUUUAUGGUAGUAAAGACGUGCGCACCCCUGUUGUUCUAAAAGGGUGGUUUUUAUGUAUAAAAGCUUCAUUAUUCCUCAACCCCUUUAAAAACUACAUAUUGUGUAUGACCUAACUUGUUUUUGUUCGCAAACUUUGUUAACACAAAGUUUUUGUUCACAAACAAAUGCCGAUUUUCCUUGAACCAAGAGACGGUUGCUUUAAAAUGCAAAGACUUUAAACCAUAUCGUUUCCGUGUAGUGAUGCAGACCUUCUGAUUUGAAAACCUGUUCGUUUACACAAAGCCACUUCGAGAAACCAAUUUGCUACUACCGCCACCCCCCCCCCCCAAAGUUAGCUAGAUGACAGCUUCUUGAUUUCAAGUGUGUUGUUAACGCCAAGUUGGAAAUUCUGACUGCAGGAGUAAUACUUUAGCCAUGCAAAUUAGCCAUGCAAUUUAGCCAUUGUUAGUUUUAUCAUAGAGCAGUUUUAAUAUUAUGUUGGCACUUUUGGAAGGUAAUGCCACCCCGUAUCGAUAAAGAGGAGGCUAUCAGUAGUGAAGCUACAUAGCAUUUUUAAUAAAUCCACCAGAACCCGAAGGGUAAUUCAGUUCCUGGGAUUUUCAUAUAAAACGAUAGGACUUCCGAAAAAAGGGGUAAGAAAUUUUCAUGAAGUGACUUGGCCUUGGUCAGAAUCAAUGUCUAAUAAUGCUCCGAUCCCAUUUGCCGACAAAGUUGAUGAACCAUCCUCUAUUUGCCGAAAAAUCUGGAGCACCCCUAGAUUAUAAAAAAUCUGGUCAUUUUUACAAUGGAUGUUUUUUACACACAUACCCCAAACCCCCCCCUUCGGUAGCGACGGCCCUGAUAAUGCUUAGGGAUUUAAAUGCUCUAAAAAGUCGUCUUUAAAUCGUCUUGUGAGACAAAGUUUUGCUGAAAAUGAAAUGAUGACAGAUUC